GCUCCACUACACCACUCCGCGAGAGACUGUCACAGACCAGAAUGACCUGCCCUCGAGGCCAACCACAACAAUUUGUAUUCCCCUGAUUAUAUUUUUUGGACGUCAUGAAAAUAACGUCAAUUUGUGCAUAGAAUGAAACGUGUUUAAGGUAUCGAGAAAGAAGCGUUCUUCAGAUAAGAGUAUUAGUUUAAAAAAAGCACAUUUACCAAGGUAAGUGAAUAUUGAGGCAUGUGUGUAUUUAUAUCCUAUGCGAUAUACAUAUAUUAUGUCUGGAAACAUGUAAAUGUCUCUUUUCAUUAAAAACGCAAUGUGUUCCAAUGUGUGCUGCUAACUAAAAUAUGUUGGAUAUUCAUUGAUUGUCAUUUUAAUGUUCAAUGUACUUCUUCCUGAAAUUGCAAACUUAUGAAAAUAUUUAUGGUGGCACACAGGAUAUGUCAUAGGUUAUUAUGAGCAUAGAGCAGUCACAAAGCUCAAGCUGUCAACCACAAGAGGAAACAGAGUCAGUUGCCACCAGUUCUAAAGCAGAAAUGUCAGUCUCCACGGAGACUCAUGUCUUUAUUUCUCAGGUUCACUCUUACCUAUCUCUUUCUCUAUCUAUCUAAUCAUUGCUCCAUCUCUCUCUGGAUUUCCCUGUGUUCAUCCCUUUUGUUGGUAGUUGAAAUCUAUUCUGAAAUGUAUUGAAUUUCCAUUGUACGCAACCAUCAAAAACUCUGUUCCAUUCACACCCACCCCAAUAGGUAUUAUCUAGUGACAUUUGAUCUCACAGUAGAUGAGAUGAUGCAGUCAGCCUGGUCCUUCAGCACUGAGAUUAGUGAAGAUGGGAAUGCAAUUUUCAGCUUGGGUUGACAACUGUCUUGAUUGAUAGUGUAGUAUCUAAACAGUUUAUGAUUUUGCUGACAUUUGCAAAUGGUGUAAUGGAUGAACUCUACUCUGCUUUGCUGAAACAUCUGGAAAGCAUUACUACAUAGGUUUCUUGGAAUAGAGGAGAGUCUACUAUGUAGAGGCCAGGGAUUGGUCUAUUAAAAUCACGCCAUAUUAUGUUACAUAGGAUAUAAAUACCAUGUUCUGAACAAAGGGGGGGGGGGGGGGGGGGGGAGAGACAACAGAUUGGGCCGUUGUUCUCCAGAUAUCUGCAGAUGUCUGUAAAUUGAUACUGUGAUCUUUGAUACAAUAAUAAACCUUUAUGAUCAAAGUACAGUGUAAGCGGACUUCUUAUCAUCACAGCAUAGAUCAGCAUCGUUGUCUUGGACACCACCACAAUAGUAAUCUUGAUAGAUCUAUGCAUAUCUAUAUGUGUUGAUUAGCCUGGACCAUUUGAAGAUGGAGCAAUAUGUCCCUAAUUACUGGCCCAAGACCCAAUUUAAUAUUUUUACCAUCUGAAUAAAUGGUCUGAGAAAAGUUUGCCUGCUGAUUAGAAGGGGCACCUGAGGGGCUCUUUAUGUUUGCAGACACUUCAUUCUACCACACUGAACACAGAGAGAACAUGACACUGAGGGUGGUGAUUUGGAUCUGUAACUCACAGACAGGUGUUGUUGAGUCUUUUAGGUAACCAACUCAGUUUUCAGUGUGUGAUUAUAUAAUGGAAUAUUCAGCGACGCACAUGGAAAAAAUGUAAACUAAUAUGUUAAAGUAUCAAACAUUUUAUUUGAACUUCAUUACGCCUACAGUAUGUGGCAUUAUUUAUUUUAACAUUCAAGUCACUGAGACAGUUCUAGGCCCUUUAGUCACUAAUUCAGAUCAUAUAGUCUUGCCCCAUUUCCCUCUACCACACAAAGAUGCUUAUCAUACCUUAGCAAAUCAAAUGCUCCAUUUAUGUUAGAGUAAAAUACCAUGUACGUUGUGUUUACUGUGCUAUUAGGGGGAGUGAGGCACAGUUUCCAAGGGGUUGGUGUGUGUGUGUGUGUGUGUGUGUGUGUGUGUGUGUGUGUGUGUGUGUACAUGUGUUUGGAUCCCCGAUCUCUAUGUUUGUAUAAGGAUAAGGAUGAUCAUGUUGAUUUGGUAAAUACUAGUUUUCCAUUAUAUCAGCCUUCAGAAGUUAACAAAUAGCCCUUACAGUGAGGGUAUAUAUGGCCAGAGCUUUGCCUUAGGUGUGAAGAGUGUGUUAAUCACUCCAAUGAAUGUAAUGUUGGAUGGACUGAUCCUGAGGGGCUGUUUGGGGAUAUGGGGUGAGUUAUCACCCUCUUUAUUUUAGGUAUGUGAGCAAGACUAUGCUGAUGUCUUCUAUAUAAUAUUUUUACUGAUACCAAAACAACAUUUAACUGUUUACAUUAUACAAGCAAUUGAGAAUAUGAUACUUUACUUUUGCACACUUGUUUGCGAAUACAUCCAGCCAUGAAGAUUAUUAUGAUUUCGUUGGAAGUGUGUGAUGUGUUUAGUUUAUGAUGCUGUACACUUCAGUAUGCUCCCAUUGUACACUUCAGUAUGCUCCCAUUGUACACUUCAGUAUGCUCCCAUUGUACACUUCAGUAUGCUCCCAUUGUACACUUCAGGAUGCUCCCAUUGUACACUUCAGUAUGCUCCCAUUGUACACUUCAGGAUGCUCCCAUUGUACACUUCAGUAUGCUCCCAUUGUACACUUCAGUAUGCUCCCAUUGUACACUUCAGCAUGCUCCCAUUGUACACUUCAGUAUGCUCCCAUUGUACACUUCAGGAUGCUCCCAUUGUACACUUCAGUAUGCUCCCAUUGUACACUUCAGUAUGCUCCCAUUGUACACUUUUGCUUUGGUUGAAUCUAAUUAUUGGUAAUGGAAAGACCUUUAGAUGGAAAGAGCCUCAUAUACGGUACCGACAUAUAACAGUCCAUUAACCAUAACAGAAAAUGACAAUGUAGAAACAUUUUCAUUUAGAUUUUAUUUGUAUAUUAAGUGUUCAUUAUAACCUUACAAUGCAUUACUUAAAUUAAUCACUUAUGGUAUAACAUACAGUGCAUUCGGAAAGUAUUCAGACCCAUUCCCCUUUUCCACAUUUUGUAACGUUACAGCCUUAUUCUAAAAUGGAUUACAUAAAAAAAUGUCCUCUCAAUCUACACACAAUACCCCAUAAUGACAAAGUGGAAACAGGUUAUUUGAUUUUUUUUCUUUUACUGAAAAACCUUACUUACAUAAGUAUUCAGACCCUUUGCGAUGAGACUCGAAAUUGAGCUCAGGUGCAUCCUGUUUCCAUUGAUCAUCCUUGAGAUGUUUCUUCAACUUGAUUGGUGUCCACCUGUGGUAAAUUCAAUUGAUUGGACAUGAUUUGGAAAGGCACACACCUGUCUAUAUAAGGUCCCAUAGUUGACAGUGCAUGUCAGAGCAAAAACUAAGCCAUGAAGGCGAAGGAAUUGUCCAUAGAGCUCCAAGACAGGAUUGUGUCGAGGCACAGGUCUGGGGAAGGGUACCAAAAAAAUAUCUGCAGCAUUGAAGGUCCCCAACAACACAGUGGCCUCCAUCAUUCUCAAAUGGAAUUAGUUUGGAACCACCAAGACUCUCCUAGAGCUGGCCGCCUGGCCAAACUGAGCAAUCGGGGGAGAAGGGCCUUGGUCAGGGAGGUGACCAAGAACCCGAUGGUCACUCUGACAGAGCUCCAGAGUUCCUCUGUGGAGAUGGGAGAACCUUCCAGAAGGACAACCAUCUCUGCAGCACUCCACCAAUUAGGCCUUUAUGGUAGAGUGACCAGACCGAAGCCACUCCUCAGUAAAAGGCACAUGACAGCCCACUUGGAGUUUGCCAAAAGGCACCUAAAGGACUCUCAGACCAUGAGAAACAAGAUUCUCUGGUCUGAUGAAACCAAGAUUGAACUCUUUGGCAUGAAUGCCAAGCGUCACGUCUGGAGGAAACCAGGCACCAUUCCUAUGGUGGAGCAUGGUAGUGGCAGCAUCAUGCUGUGGGGAUGUUUUUCAGCGGCAGGGACUGGGAGGCUAGUCAGGAUCGAGGGAAAGAUGAACGGAGCAAAGUACAGAGGGAUCCUUGAUGAAAACCUGCUCCAGAGCGCUCAGGACCUCAGACUGGUGCGAAGGUUCACCUUCCAACAGGACAACGACCCUAAGUACACAGCCAAGACAACGCAGGAGUGGCUUCGGGACAAGUCUCUGAAUGUCCUUGAGUGGCCCAGCCAGAGCCCGGACUUAAACCCAAUCAAACAUCUCUGGAGAGACCUGAAAAUAGCUGUGCAGCGACGCUCCCCAUCCAACCCGACAGAGCUUGAGAGGAUCUGCAUAGAAGAAUGGGAGAAACUCCCCAAAUACAGGUGUGCCAAGCUUGUGGCGUCAUACUCAAGAAGACUCAAGGCAAGGCUGUAAUCACUGCCAAAGGUCCUUCAACAAAGUACUGAGUAAAGGGUCUGAAUACUUAUGUAAAUGUGAUAUUUCAGUUUUUUUUUUUUUAUACAUUUACAAAGAAAAACAACAACCAGUUUUUGCUUUGUCAUGAUGGGGUAUUGUGUGUAGAUUGAUGAGGGAAAAACGAUUGAAUCCAUUUCAGAAUAAGGCUGUAACUAUGCAGUCCUACAUCUGUGGUCUGUUGGGAUUAUAAUCAAUUUCCUAUAUUCUGGUUCCACAAUGGCACAUCAGUAUCUUAGCAACAAGAGCCCUCACCACACUCCUCAUGUCCUCACAUUACGUUACCUGUGUAUGAAUGUUUGACAGAGUACAGCUUUUAUUCUCUCAUAUGACACAUGAAGGACCCUUGUAGAUCAAUUAUUCUGCAUGUGACCCUGACCUUUGUUUUUCCUGCAGCUGAAUUGAUUCGUUCAACUCUCUGGAUACUGCACAUGGAUAUAAUAUAUUUUUAAAUGUUCUAUUGAAUAUGGAAUAUGAGAAUUUAUGAUAGGUCUCAAAUUCUCUGUCAUUACCCGCCCCGCAUUAAACAUCCUCAUGUUUUUGUGCGUCUCUCUACCUUAUUUUGAACCAACGAGUCUCUACAGAACGCUCAAUGCUACAGUAAUGUCAUUCAUAGUGCCGUUUCUCUGUGCUGUGUGUGUUCCUAGGCUGUGGGAGAGCUGACACUCCUGCGAGCAUGGCCUACACGCUAGGCACGGGGCCUGAUUCUGGGCCAACCAUGGGUCCCCAGCAUUGCGUCACUAGGGUGGAGCUGUCCGUGUGCUGUGGCAACCUGCUGGACAGAGACGUGGCCUCCAAGUCUGACCCCUUCUUAGUGCUCUUCCACGAGGUGGACAGCAACUGGGUUGAGGUGAGGAGGGUUGGGCAUGUAUGGAAAAGGUUGAGGUGAUCAAUUAUAAAGGAAAAGAAAAGGGAAAAUGACUGUUGGAAAAGUGGAAAGAAUGAGGGAUUGGAAGGGUUGGAUAAAGUGGUGAAGUAAACCACUUGAGAGGGUAUAAUAAUUAUUAAUACAUAUCCUCUGACUGUUGAAUGCUCUCAAUGUUUUAUUGAUUGAUACUCGUCAAGUUCGCAAUAACACACAGUGUUAUCAAUAUAGAAUGGAAAACAUAAAUCCAGAGCUGUCUUUGAAGCUGUGGUGUCUUGUGGAGUGUAUAUCUGUGUGUGUGCUCCGGGUGCCCUCUCAGUGCCAGGGAAAAACAUGCCUCCCUGGGUAGUGUUGUGUUGAAGCAGGCUAAGUGUGAUCGCUGCAGGCUUGGGCUGUCGGUCAACAGGGCAGGCUCCAACAUGAAACCAGCAUAGCGGUUGCUGCAGUUACCAUGGAAAUGUGGACGGAAACAAAGGAAUCAUGAUGUUCUUGAUGCAUGGAAAGAGAGUGGAAAGAGUAAUGAGGAAUGGAACUUACAGGCAAACAGGGAAGGGACAUGGAAUAUACCGUGGGUUUUGAAAACGGGCAGCCUAUGUGUAAAAAGUACCUUAGAGGCUGUGUGCUAUUCCAGAGGUGUAACAUUUCAUAUCUUUAAACUCAUGUAGUAAUCCUGACAAUGGUUUCUCUUUGGAUCAUGAUGAAAGCUACAGCACAUGAAACACAUAACUAUACACAAACAUUCGAAAGCUAUAUGAAACAAAAACACACAGCAGAGAAGAAAUAGAGGAGUGAAGGGUUUUUAAAGGGAAGGGCUUUUCUUCCUGUCUGUCUCGGCGUGAGAGAAGGGUUCACUCUGGGUGGAGGAGCCAUCUGUGCUGUGGGGGUAAAGAGGGAAGUGUGAAAACACAGAAAGGGGAGGGCGGAAACAGUCAGAGAAGGUGCUGGGAGAGACACAGAGGCGAGGGGUUCCAGUCAAACAGACAGAGCAGCGUUGGAAUGUACAGUUUGCUCUGAUCUAGUCUCAGAGAUGAGAGCACAGUAGGGGUCGAGGACUAGGUGUAUACUCUAUCAGUGUAAGUCACACAUAAUAAUAAUAAUAAUAAUAUGCCAUUUAGCAGACGCUUUUAUCCAAAGCGACUUACAGUCAUGCGUGCAUACAUUUUUUUUUUUGUGUAUGGGUGGUCCCGGGGAUCGAACCCACUACCUUGGCGUUACAAGCGCCGUGCUCUACCAGCUGAGCUACAGAGGACCACAUACACUGUGUUAGUCACCACCAGCUGGGUUUAUCUUUCACAUGAAUAAGGCCUUUUCAACCUUACACACAACCACAUUUCCACCUUCCACAUCCUCUCUGUGUGUUCGGUGGUUGCACGUUUGUGUGUGAAUACAGUACUUGUUUGACAAAACCAUAUUCCUGUGUAUUAUUUUCAGAUUGGUCGAACAGAGACUGCGGUGAAUAACCUGAACCCAGUGUUUGGGGUGAAGUUUAAGGUGGACUACCAUUUUGAGGAGGUCCAGAAGCUCAAGUUUGCCCUGUUUGAUGAGGACAAGUGCAGCAGCCAGCUGUAUGAGCAUGACUUCCUGGGAGAGUACAUCUGUACACUGGGGGUGGUAUGCUACCUGUCACAUUGUUCUUAGAAUCUGUCUGUGACCCCUUUCUGCACCUGUUUAUCACCUGUUUGUUAUGUUUAUUUGCAGUUGGGCAUUUUCACCCCUCACUCACUUCUCUCUCUGGUCUGUUAUGUUUAGAUUGUGUCCAAUAAGAAACUUCACCGGUCACUGACCUUGGCCAAUGGCAAGCCAGCUGGGAAGGGAACCAUCACAGUGAGAACAUCAUGCUGCACAACCCACAGAGCGAUCCAAGAAAUAAACACAUGUCCACACACACACACACACACACACACACACACACACACACACACACACACCCACACACACACCACACACACACACACACACACACACACACACACACACACACACACACACACACACACACACACUCCCACACACACACACACACACACACACACACUCCCACACACCCUCACACACACACGUUUUGUAACAUGAUACAGUUUACCACAUAGUAACGGUUUCUCUUGUGUACAGAUAACUGCGUUGGAGCUGUCAGACAAUAGAGUAAUCACACUGACCUUGUGUGGGAGAAAGCUUGACAAGAAGGUAAGAGUCACUGCCCACAUAGUACUAUAUUAUCAUUGAAUGUUAAGAAUUUCUUACGUAAUAUUUGGAACAAUAUGAUUUUGUCAAUAAAGACAAUGCUAAUGAAACAACAACAAUGCCCUCUCCAAGUCUUCAUAGUGGAAUGCCGGCAGCUAUGUGGGCCAUUGUCAAACCAGAUUGUUUGGUUUUGCAGGAUUUCUUUGGUAAAUCAGACCCCUAUCUAGAGUUCCACAAGCAAGGAGAUGAUGGGAAAUGGAUGUUGGUCCACAGGACAGAGGUGAGUUGGCUCAGUAGUUGGUCAGGGGUGGCUGUUUAGACUAUUUGAAUGUGUAUUAGUGUAUUAUAUCACUAAACAAGGUGUAUUACCACCUGGUAAUACAGUAACUGGAUUGAUCCAGCUUCUGAGUUCUGUAUUCCAAAUGACAUGGAAGAAGUUGUAUCUCUGUAGCUGUUUUUGUGCUGCAGGUGAUAAAGAACACUCUGGACCCGGUGUGGAAGCCCUUCACAGUACCACUCAUCUCCCUCUGUGAUGGGGACGUAGACAGGAGCAUCAAGGUGAGUGAGAUUUGCCAAUGUGCAUUCAUCUUAGGGCGAUGGCAUGAAAAUGUUAGCGAUGGAAUCCUCUUUUAGAUAUGUAAAAAGCCAAAUACAUUUUAAGUGAUUUGUUGUGGUAUUACUGAAUUUUCAUAUAUUUUUGUCCUUUCUGUGUUGUCUCGUAUUACAGGUACUGUGCUAUGAUUACGACAACGACGGAGGUCAUGACUUCAUUGGAGAAUUUCAGACCACUGUCACCAAGAUGAGUGAAGCCCAGAAUUCACUGGAGGUGAGGGAAGGAUUGUAGAUCUGUUCCUGUUUAUCUAUGGGAGUUUGUUCUGUAUGCGUUAGUCAUGCUUUGAUGUGGAUCUAAGACCAUUUUCACAUUGUCUCUAAUCUGAAAGCACUCCUCACUGUGAGUGAAGGACUCACUUAAGACACUACAGUCUCAAUGCACCUAACACAGUUCACCAUUUCUGAAUGGAGGAUGCCCGUUCAUUUGGAUAUUCGCAAGUGUUUAUUUACUAACACCAAUACAAUCUACUGCCUGUUUUAACCUCACUAAGACAUGUUGGGUAACACUUUAUUUUACAGCCCGGUAACACCUGGUGAGAGAAGUAGGAAGAGCUACAUUUUUCUUCCAUUUUUAGCUGCCAACUUCUUCCUGAAAACCUUGUGUCAUUUGCUAAUGGCAGAAAUGCAAAUAGAGCUUGAGUGUGAGAAUGAGUGUAAAUUGUGUGGGUGUGCAGAUGGGCCCUAGUUGUAAUUUCUCACUCUGUGUUCCUCUGGUCCAGGUCGAAUUUGAAUGUAUUAAUCCCAAAAAACAGAAGAAGAAAAAGAGCUACAAAAACUCUGGAAUCAUCAUUCUGAAGUCAUGCAAGGUGAACCAAAACACACAGACUAAUAGAUAUACACUAUGCCUCUUAAUUAGUCAACCCAUUAUGGCAAUCACAAAAAGGCAUAUUAAGUAUAAAAGGAAACAUCUUUAAAUGUAUUAUGAAUCCACAUAAAGCAUUAUGCACACAGCUAAUUACUUUCCUUCAAAGUAGUUUUUUUUAUUACAAACAAAAAUGCAUGUAAUGGCUCGCUUCAGGCAGGGAUUAGAGUAAUGGCUCCAAAUCCCUAUUAAAGGCAUGUAUUAAUAUCAGCACAAAACACCUGUCAGUCUCACACAGUCCACCACGGUUCUGCCUGCAGUAAUCACCUUUGUUCAGGCAGCCAAUUACUGAAUAUGGAGAUGACUCAGUCCUAUCAAAGUGCCACUGUCGUGCCUCCUCCAAUUAUUUAUCUAUAGGAAAAAUUAUUUGAACUUGCUAGAGUAUGGAAUAGUAUGAGCAGAGUUUGAAUAAUGUUUGAAUAAUGUCUCCUCAGGUUGAAAGGGACUAUACCUUCCUGGACUAUAUUUUAGGUGGAUGCCAGAUCAUGUUCACUGUGAGUAUGAGGUCAUCACUCAACUCAGUGUGUCUCACACUCUGCCUGUAAACUCUGACCCUUUACUCCCACUCUCACCCAUCUCUGCCACCCACCUACAGUAACUCAGACAUCCACCCACCCCUGGCAAUGAACUCCAAUAUGUCAAAUUACAGAUAACUCAGGAUGGAACACAAACACACUGCGCACACACACGCACGUACUGUACGUACGCACACAUACAAACUAACAAAUACAUUUUGAAAUAUAUUUUAAUUUAACAUGUAUUUUUUAUUUGAACAUAAACCACUUGCAUAUGCUACUUCAUUCAUUGAAUGCACACCACAGUACUGUAAAUCUUUGGAAACAUGGUAGGUUCAGAAUUCUCUGUAGUAGGAGAAAAUCAUCAUUGGUCUAUUUUUGGCUCAGGCUGAUGGGAGAAACAUUGUGCGUCCCUGGUGAUGUCACACCUUUGUGUCAGUGCUCCAUUAUUGGCCAGCCAGGGUAUUUACAGUUGAAGUCGGAAGUGUACAUACACUUAGGUUGGAGUCAUUAAAACUUGUUUCUCAACCACUCCACAAAUUACUUGUUAACAAACUAUAGUGGCCAUCACAAAGCCCUGACCUCAAUCGUAUAAAAAAUGUGUGGGCAGAACUGAAAAAGUGUGUGCAAGCAAAGAGGCCUACAAACCUGACUCAGUUACACCAGCUCUGUCAGGAGGAAUGGGCCAAAAUUCACCCAUUUUAUUUUAUCGUGGGAAGCUUGUGGAAGGCUACCUGAAACAUUUGACCCAAGUUAAACAAUUUAAAGGCAAUGCUACAAAAUACUAAUUGAGUGUAUGUAAACUUCUGACCCAAUGGGAAUGUGAUGAAAGAAAUAAAAGCUUAAAUAAAUCAUUCUCUCUACUAUUAUUCUGACAUUUCACAUUUUUAAAAUAAAAAGUGGCGAUCCUAACUGACCUAAGACACAGAAUUUUUACUAGGAUUAAAUGUCAGGAAUUGUGAAAAACUGAGUUUAAAUGUAUUUGGCUAAGGUGUAUGUAAACUUCCGACUUCAACUGUAUCUUCAAUGGUGCUGAAACAUUUUACACCACCACCACUUACGUAUCCGUGCUACCGUGAAAUACUCAGAGAAGCAGUGCCCUUUGUGGUGCAAAAAUGUGUGUUUGAUCUAUGUUCUCAGCACCCAGGGUUUAUAAAAGUGUAAAAAUAACUGUUACCAAAAUGAUGACAUGUUGUUGUACACUGUAGAUACUUUAGUACACACCAAUAUAUAAUGUAGACUUGUAUGCCCAUAUUCUGUAUAUACUUUGUAGCCACAAAAUAAUUCCACCUGUUUUUUAUUAUUCCCUGGAUGGCAAAAUUAACUUGUUCCAUCUUGCCACACCUCUUUAGUUACGUGUAUGUGACUAGAUGUGUUUAUUUAUGUGGUCGUGGACCACAGACAUUGUUCUGAUGAGCAGGUUAUGUGUGGUCCUGUUCAACCAAUUAUUUUAUCCCAAUGUUAUUGUCAGAUUUUUUUAAAUAAGCAAAUAGAACAUUUGUGUUUCCAUAGUUACUGUGUUUUGUGCCAAAGCAGACUAUGUCUUUGCAGGAAUGAAAGAGAGAGAGAGAAACAGAAAACAAUAUAGGGGUAUGACUGGAGAGACACAACUCGAUGGUUUGGCUUUAGGUGGCUACAUCUUAUAGGUCCCCCUUGAGAGACCAAUGGAAUUUGUGUUUGUACUGUAUCCAUAAUAUUUUGUCCUUUUAGUUUACAUUUUCUAAAACCUAGCUGAUAGACAGGAAAUGUGCAAUGAUUCCUGACAGUUUUACUAAAUGUAUCCGAUUUUAAAAGAGGUACUCCUAUUUCUACUGGGACAAAUUAUGUACAGUUGAAGUUGGAAGUUUACAUACACUUAGGUUGGAGUCAUUAAAACUUGUUUUUCAACCACUCCACAAAUUUCUUGUUAACAAACUAUAGUUUUGGCAAGUCACUUAGGAUAUCUACUUUGUGCAUGACACAAGUAAUUUUUCCAACAAUUGUUUACAGACAGAUUAUUUCACUUAUAAUUCACUGUAUCACAAUUCCAGUGGGUCAGAGGUUUACAUACACUAAGUUGACUGUGCCUUUAAACAGCUUGGAAAAUUCCAGAAAAUGAUGGCUUUAGAAGCUUCUGAUAUCAGUCAGGAAGUUAAAGCUUGGUCGCAAAUGGGUCUUCCAAAUGGACAAUGACCCCAAGCAUACUUCCAAAGUUGUGGCAAAAUGGCUUAAGGACAACAAAGUCAAGGUAUUGGAGUGGCCAUCACAAAGCCUUGACCUCAACCCUAUCGAACAUUUGUGGGCAGAACUGAAAAAGCAUGUGCAAGCAAGGAGGCCUACAAACCUGACUCAGCUACACCAGCUCUGUCAGGAGGAAUGUGCCAAAAUUCACCCAACUUAUUGUGGGAAGCUUGUGGAAGGCUACCCAAACGUUUGACCCAAGUUAAACAAUUUAAAGGCAAUGCUACCAAAUACUAAUUGAGUGUAUGUAGACUUCUGACCCACUGGGAAUGUGAUGAAAGAAAUAAAAGCUGAAAUAAAUCAUUCUCUCUACUAUUAUUCUGACAUUUCACAUUCUUAAAAUAAAGUGGUGAUCCUAACUGACCUAAGACAGGGAAUAUUUACUAGGAUUAAAUGUCAGGAAUUGUGAAAAACUGAGUUUAAAUGUAUUUGGCUAAGGUGUAUGUAAACUUUCGACUUCAACUGUAUAUCCUUUAAAAAAUAUAUAUGUUCAAAACCCCAGUAAAAUUAGAACACCUGUACCUUAAUCCACUAUGAUAAUUCAAAUAUUUCAAUAGUUCACACAUUCGUGCUUCGUGGAUAUUACACCUGCAUGUUAUAAUUCAGUCGAGAUUGGUGUUUGAGAACGAAUGUGAAUCUAAAUCCUCAACUGUGCAUCCUGCAGUUCUCUUAAUCUGUUUUCUCUUGUGAGAGACCCAGGGCUCUCUCUCUGUUCUAUGGGAUUCAAUUAUACUUAGCAUGCAUCUAAUUCUAAUCUGUUAGAGGGGAAAUCUUCUCUACAGAGAUCCAGAUGAGGAGCACUGCUCAUAUUGACUGGAAUUGAAGAAAACAGUGUUUGUGGUAGUUGCAGAGAAACCCUUAUUGACUAUAUAACACAAUAUUAAGAACAUUGUAAUAAAAGCAGCAUUACAACAGUGGUAAAACUAGCCUACAGGCCAGGCCUGCGGUGGGGAGCAGUGCUCAGUACACCAGUGUUCAUCUAUGAGGUUAUCUGAUUGUUCAUUAUCUUGUUAUCUCACCACCGGCUCUUUCGGAAGCCCUACAGGGCCCUAAAGGGUUCUUUAGCUGUCCCCAUAGGAGAACCCUUUUAGGUUCUAGAUAGCACCUUUUUUUCUAAGAGUGUAACAAAGGGUUAGAGACAUGUUUAAGAAACAGUGUGGUCCUUCAUCUGUACUAAAGGGAGUUAAAGCUGAAGAUGUGAGUCAGUUCCCUGAUCAGCACACUCAUCAUCUUACCUUGAUUGAGACGCAUGGGGUCAGGCAUAAGACGUGGCACCCUAAGGCUAUCGGAGGGGUCAUGAUAUAUCGAUGGAUUUAUCUCAUCUCUAUCUAGCCUGGUUUUCUGCUAGAGGUGGUCGAGAUAGCGAGAUAAGUAUCGAGCGAUAAGAUAGGAGAGAGCUGAAGAGGCGCAGAGAUAGAGCGCUCUCUCUCUCUUCUCUCUCUCUCUCUCUAUACUCUCUCACUCUCUCUCUCGCUCUCUCUCUCACUCUCUCUCUCUCUCUCUCAUUACCUUUCUGUCCAUCUAUUGAACAAGGGAAGCUGUCCAGUUGUCAGCCACAGGUUUGGUAGGAGCUGGAGGAGAUCUGAGUAGCAACCAUACACCGUGAUGUGAUUCUUGGUUAAAGGCAGUAGCAUGGACUGGAUGAGAAUGUGGCCUUGUUUAUAUGUGAACACUUGUACUCACCGCUUUAGGGAGGGCUUGUCAGUUGUAAUCUUUGAGCAAAUUAGCAUGUUUAUAUUGUAACCUUCUAAAUGAAGUCCCUUUUCCUGAGGACAGGAUCUUGAAAUAAGGCUUGGAUCUAUUUAUACGUUCCACAUCUUUGUUCAUAUUUUGAGCUGAUUUAUAGGCUUUGUUUGUGUUUGUGAGCAUGUCUGCUAUUCCUGUAGGUUGGCAUUGACUUCACAGCAUCUAAUGGGAACCCCCGGGAGCCCUCCUCUCUUCACUACAUCAACCCUCUGGGCAGCAACGAGUACCUAUCAGCCAUCCUGGCUGUGGGCCAGAUCAUCCAGGACUAUGACACGUGAGUCCCAUUAUAGUAAACACUAAUGACAGGACUCAAUAUGAUCAUAUCACAGAUACAUACAGUAUAAAAUGUUUUAUAAUACAUCAGUCUUAAGUCACUAAAAGGUCCCUUCAACUCUUCUAAUUCUGUGUCUACUCAGUUAUAUUAUUUAUGUCACUCCAAAAUAUCAGAUUGUGUGGGUAGGUUUAAUUGUUUGUGAUAAAAUACCAACCCAAGUUUAUUGCGACAUUCCAUAAUGCAAAAUUGUAUGUUGAAUUUUGAUGAAGUAGCUCAACACUGCCAAUCUGUUGCAAUCCUUCCUCAGUGACAAAAUGUUUCCUGCUCUGGGAUUUGGGGCUCAACUCCCUCCAGACUGGAAGGUAAGUGUAUGUACUGUCUGUAUGCGAGUGUGUGUCUUCACGGCACAUACAUAUGAUAGAAGUAGAGCCAAAGGAGUGUUAAAGAGAAGAGGGAGACUGGAAGAGAGCGCUAUCACAGAGAUAAAGAGUAUGUAUAAUACAUGCAUAAUCCAAUGAUUAUGCAACUGUCAUCCCAUCUGGGUUGCCAUGGCACUGCACUGAUGUAAAGGACAAAGGGAAGAGGAGGAUAAGCAACAGAAAUAGACUGAAUAUUUAGCCUUGCUUUCAGAUACUGUAUGGGAAGUGUUUAGGGAGGUCUAACCCAUCUGUGGUCUGAGAGGACAAGAGGAAGGAGAGAAGGAGAGGUUGAAAAAAUGGGAAUGAAAGGGCGCUGCAGGGAUGGGAAUGUAUGUAAUGGAAAGCUAAAUAGAAUAGAGAAAGUGACAGAAGCAGGGUUGGGGGAGGGGAGAAUGAUACAAUUUCAUCACAUACACAAUUCACUACUUUUACCACCAGUUACAAUUAUACAAUGGAAAUUCAUAUUUCUACUGCACUCUACAGUCUACAGUCAAUUAGCCAUUUCUGCACCUGAGGCUUGCUUCUUUCUCUCCUGAACCUGCAGGUGUCUCAUGAAUUUGCCAUAAAUUUUGACCCCACCAAUCCAUUCUGCCAAGGUGAGCAACUACUAUGUUAUCUGUAACUCCUAUUUAAAACCUUACUACAAAAUGUACUUACUAGAGUUGGUUUCUUGUUUUUUCCAUGGAGUUGGACUUCUGUCUAAUGUAUUAGAGAACUACCAUACUAAAACCCUCUGUGUAGAGUCUGAGUUUGCUGUCGAGCAUUUUCCAUGACAUAGUUUCCAUGUGUGUUUCCUGUUUCCUGUGGUCAGGCGUGGAGGGGAUUGCCCAGGCCUACUCUGCCUGCCUGCCACACAUCCGCUUCUAUGGCCCCACCAACUUCUCCCCCAUCAUCACCCAUGUGGCCCGCUUCGCCACCCAGGCCCUGCAACAGGAGACUGCUGCGGUGAGUGCUCGUUAGCACUAUUAGGACUACUACUUUCACGGUUUCAUUGUUUAUCCAUUUUCAUUCUAUUGAAUCUAUCAUUUUGCUGUUAAAGAUGGCCAUCCAAACUCAUGUCAUUAGUAUGAGUCAACAUUACCGGUUCUAAAUGACAUGUAAAUCCCCCCACGUUACCAAUGCUUAUUGACUUUAAAGGCGGGUGCACUUUGUAGUAAACACAAGCACUGUUCCACUGCCCAUAGCCAGAUGUGGCAGCACAUGCUGACCAUGUGAUAGGUUUCCAACUGUAACCCAGAGCUCCUGAAGUCACUGAACCGUUAAACAUUCACACGGUUGGAAAGGUAAUACCACUGAGUCAUUACAUUACGUCUUCUUGUUCCAUGGUAGAGGUUUUUAUCGAAAGAUUCCAUUUCCAUGGAAAACUUACCCUCACCACAGCUGAAGCAACUCAAAAGCCAUAUUUAACAAUAUGGGAAAUAGCUGGAGUAAUUACUACAUAAUCUACUCUACACGCACCGAAUCCAAACACUUUCCACUCAUGCCUGUUUUUACAACAGUAGUGCUCUGUACUCUUCCUCUCAUGCAUAAUGAGACAUUACAGACUCCAUCUUAUUGGUAAAGUCUUAACAGUUACAGUGGAAAGAGCUCAGCCCAUUGGACAGCUUUCCCUUUAAGAGCAAUUAUUUCCUGUGUCUCUCAGACAGGUCUGUUCCACUCAGAGCUGCUCAGCAUGCUGUAAUCAGAAAAGAAUGAGUCCCCUUACUGCUGUUCACAUGGGCCUAUCAGCAAGCUGUGUGUGUGUGUUUUGUGUGUGUGUGUAUGUGUGCACGUGUGCAUGUGUGUGUGUGUGUUUUGGACUCAGGGUAUGUAAGAUGGAGAGUUGGUCCAGCACUAACAGAUCCUAAUUGCUGUGUGAGAAACCUCAAAACUCUGCUUCUGGUUGCCAGUUCAAAGUCUGCAGAGGCAUUUUGAACAUCGCUCGCAAUUUCUCUCUGCUCUUAUUACCAGCACAGAGGAGAGGAGCGCAGCCAUUAAAAUCCCCUUUCAAUUAUACAGAUGUAGGAUGUUAAUUUUAUUAAAUUAAAUUAAAUUAAAAACUUGUAGUGUUUUUAAAGUUAAAAAAGUCUUCUGAAGUUUGUAAUUUCCACUUUGAAAUUUCAGACUUGAUUUUACGUAAUGAAAAACGUAUCAACCCCUACAAAAAUGUCCAUUCAUUAUAAUCCGCAUAAUAAUUCACAUUUCCUGCUGUAGCAAACUGUCUCAAAUUAAGAUCCUAUAUCUGUAGUUAUUUAUAGAAGGUGAUUCAGUGAACAAAUAUACCCUCUUUUCACCUGUUGUUCAUUGGUUUUAAUGACUAAUGAGGCGUGGCCUAGAAGUCUGCUCUUUUCUCUUUGCAGUCCAACAGAAUGGUCUCUCUCUGUCUCUGCUCUGUGACGGAAGAGGUUCUGACUCUAGACAGAGAUGCAGCACUGGAGAAUGUGACAGCAAGGAUGUGACAGCGACCCCAUAGGAGAACCAUUUGAAGAACCCCUUUUGGUUCCAGAUAGAACCCUUUUGGGCUCCAUGUAGAACCCUUUCCACAGAGCGUUCUACAUGGAACCCAAAGUAAUUCUACCUGGAACCAAAAAGGGUUCUCCUAUGAGGACAGCCGCAGAACCAUUUUGGAACCCUUUUUUCUAAGUAGUCUGAACAGAAUAGAAUGAGACAGUUAACGAGUAUUUUCCUCCAGGGAAGGAAGACAAACCAGGACAGAAUGUCCCAGUUAAGAAUAUAGAUAACAUUCUUAUGCCCUGAAAAUAGUGAAAAUACAGUCCAGACCCCUCUUUGGACCUUCUGUUUCCUGGCUUCACAUUCAGAUGUACACAGCCUGUGAGUUUGGAGGAAGUAAUAGCUUGUUAUUAUUAACCAUACUUUAAGCUCCUGGGAGCUUGUUGUCCCUAAUUGCACCCUGUCACCCCAGAGAAUAUGAGAGAAACAAGAGAGAACUAGAGAGAGACCAAGGAUCAUUUUUACUGUAAAAACAAGAGAAAUUAGCUAUUGUGUUCACUUCACAAGGUUUUAGAAAUGGAAGAGAUAGAUAAAUUCCUUGAUGUGUGUGCGCGUGUGCACUCGCAAAUCACCUGCUAGGCAUUGUAGAUGUCUGUCCCUGGGCUUUGAUAAUGAUUGUAGGUGUGUGUGAGUGUGUACAAAUCGGCUGAGCUUUGGCGCGGUAGCUGUGUCUGUCUCUGUCCCUUAGAAAAUGAUUCACUGUUAAAGUACAUUAAAGGAGCAGACUUCACAGCGUCCACAGCAGGGGAGCGGGGGUUGCUAUCAAACACAGGCCAACUCUGGUGGCCCCUCUGACGGGAAGCAGGCAGGAGCAAGUGGUCGCAACAGCUAGCAUAUCUGAGGGACUGUGUUUGUGUGGGAGGAAACUACUGACAAGACUACAGAGAUUACUAGAGAGCAGUUAGUGAAGACAACAGCCACGUAUGUGUUGCUGUGUUUGUGAACUUGUCAACUUCUACCUGUCUGUAUGUCUUUGAGUGAGUAAAAGCAUGCGUGCGAUUGAAACAGCGAAUGUGUGUGUGCGUGUGCAUGUGUGCACACAUGCAUGCGCUUCUGUAUGAAUGUAGAGUGUGUGUUUGUGUGCUUCUGUGUGUAUUUUGUAUGUGUGUGUGCGUGCAUGUGUGUGUGUGUUUAUGCAAUGUGAAGAAGAGGAUGAAAAUAAGUGAGCCUCACCUCUCUUCUCAGCCCACUGCCAGCAGGGCUUGAUGUCUCAGCAUCACAGCAUCACAUCAACCAUGCCAGAAGGCCAGGAGAGUUAAUCCUGACCUCCGAAUGUGUGUAUUCCACACUUUAAAUAAAAUCAAAUAAAUCAAAUUUUAUUUGCCACAUGCGCCGAAUACAACAGGUGUAGACAUUACCGUGAAAUGCUUACUUACAGCCCUUAACCAACAAUGCAUUAAUUUUUUUAUAAAAAAGUUAAAUAAAACAACAACAACAAAAAAGUGUUGAGAAAAAAAGAGCAGAAGUAAAAUAAAAUAACAGUAGGGAGGCUAUAUACAGGGGGGUACCGGUGCAGAGUCAAUGUGCGGGGGCACCGGCUAGUUGAGGUAGUUGAGGUAGUUGAGGUAAUAUGUACAUGUGGGUAGAGUUAAAGUGACUAUGCAUAAAUAAUUAACAGAGCAGCGUAAAAAGAUGGUGUGGGGGUGGGGGGCAGUGCAAAUAGUCCGGGUAGCCAUGAUUAGUUGUUCAGGAGUCUUAUGGCUUGGGGGUAGAAGCUGUUGAGAAGCCUUUUGGACCUAGAUCUGUUGGGGCGGUAUGCAAAUUGGAGUGGGUCUAGGGUUUCUGGGAUAAUGGUGUUGAUGUGAGCCAUGACCAGCCUUUCAAAGCACUUCAUGGCUACAGACGUCAGUGCUACGGGUCGGUAGUCAUUUAGGCAGGUUAUCUUAGUGUCCUUGGGCAUGGGGACUAUGGUGAUCUGCUUGAAACAUGUUGGUAUUACAGACUCAGUCAGGGACAGGUUGAAAAUGUCAGUGAAGACACUUGCCAGUUGGUCAGCACAUGCUCGGAGUACACGUUCUGGUAAUCCGUCUGGCUCUGCGGCCUUGUGAAUGUUGACCUGCUUAAAAGUCUUACUCACAUCGGCCACAGAGAGCGUGAUCACAUAGUCAUCCGGAACAGCUGGUGCUCUCAUGCAUGCUUCAGUGUUGCUUGCCUCGAAGCAAGCAUAGAAGUGGUUCAGCUCGUCUGGUAGGCUUGUGUCACUGGGCAGCUCGCGGCUGUGCUUCCCUAGUCUGUAAUAGUUUUCAAGCCCUGCCACAUCUGACGAGCGUCAGAGCCGGUGUAGUACGAUUCAAUCUUAGUCCUGUAUUGACUCUUUGCCUGUUUGAUGGUUCGUCGGAGGGCAUAGCGGGAUUUCUUAUAAGCGUCCGGGUUAGAGUCCCGCUCCUUGAAAGCGGCAGCUCUACCCUUUAGCUCAGUGCGGAUGUUGCCUGUAAUCCAUGGCUUCUGGUUGGGGUAUGUACGUACGGUCACUGUGGGGACGACGUCAUCGAUGCACUUAUUGAUGAAACCAGUGACUGAUAUGGUGUACUCCUCAAUGCUAUCUGAAGAAUCCUGGAACAUGUUCCAGUCUGUGCUAGCAAAAUAGUCCUGUAGCUUAGCAUCUGCGUCAUCUGACCACUUUUUUAUUAACCGAGUCACUGGUAGUUUUUGCUUAUAAGCAGGAAUCAGGAGGAUAGAGUUGAUAUGUUUGAAGUACUCUACAUAGAGAUUAGUAUGGAACGUGGGAACUGCUGAGGGUCUGUGUAUCAGUGGCUGUGUUUGGAGAAGCAGCUAGAGGCCCAAGUGCUGCUCUCUCCGACCCUCAUGGUUUGGACCUGGCCGUAUUAAACCCACAGGACUGAAUGAUGGUCAUCAGACCAUAGCUUUACACUGACUCACACUGUAGACAAUCACACAUAGACAUGCUUUUACUGCUUUUGUGCUGCGUGCUGCGGAAUGAUUAAGAAAUCCGUUGAUCCCUUAAGACCAGAACAGCCUUUGACAUUUGUGCUUGUGGGAGUGGGUCUUUUUGGGCUCCAGUCAGUUAAUUCUCCAGGUCAUGUGUGAUAAUUCAGUGUGACUGUGCUACAGCCUUAUAGCUGGAAGAAGAUGUCAUUAUGAUGCCACUCUGAGCAAAUGGAAAUCUCCAUGCUAAAUAUGACUAUCAGCAAACUGCAGCAGAAAGAACAGGAGACAGGGAUUGUGUGACUAUUUAAAUCCUCCUUCCCCUAGCCUCCUGUUUUGCAGGAGUGGAAUGGGAUAGUAUUGAAGCUCCUUGUUUCUCCUUCUCAUCUUCACUCUCCCUAUGUACAAUCAUUUCUCCACAAUGUAAUGCAAUCAUCAGUAAUCUGACUGUGCUCUUCUAGGGUGUUUUGAGUUCAUGUGCAUAAAAAGCUAUUCAAGAAAUGUGUGUCUACUGAGCGAUGUGUGUGUUCACAAUGAGGACACAGCUUUGAUAUUGGCUUCAUAUUAAGGGCUGGAUUCAAUCCAUAUCGCGGAAGAUCCGCAUACAAAUUGAAAGGUAAUUUCCGAUUGAGCCAACAUAUGCAGUGUUUACUGUGAAUGCAGUCUUCGCGAAAGCAGGAUUAUUGCCUUUAAAUUUCAAUCGAGUUAUAACGAGGAUCUUCCGCGAUACUUCUGCGAUACGGAUUGAAUCUAGCCCUAAUUUGUUAUUCCAGCACCAGUGCCACUUCUGAGAUGUGGUUAUACAGGAGCCAUCAUACUGACACCGGUCUGUAAUCCAUGUGGCUAAACAGAACAGUUUAAUAAAUUUUGGCUAAAUGUAAUUUAUGUCUGAACAAUCUUUUCUGCUCUGUCCCAACAUGAUUAUAUUCACCUUCAAGUCUCCUUCACAUCAUCCCCGAAGCUUAAAGGAAAAAUCCACUCAAAACUAUAUAUUUUUUAUUUUUUUCAUUUGUCCACAGUUAAUACAGUCCCAAAAUGCAUCAUAUGAAGCAAAACGCAUCAUCAUGAUUUACAUUUACAUUUUAGUCAUUUAGCAGACGCUCUUAUCCAGAGCGACUUACAGUUAGUGAAUACAUUUUUUUUUUUUAUACUGGCCCCCCGUGGGAAUCGAACCCACAACCCUGGCGUUGCAAACGCCAUGCUCUACCAACUGAGCUACAUCCCUGCCGGCCAUUCCCUCCCCUACCCUGGACGACGCUAGGCCAAUUGUGCGCCGCCCAUGAGUCUCCCGGUCACGGCCGGCUGCGACAGAGCCUGGAUUCGAACCAGGAUCUCUAGUGGCACAGUUAGCACUGCGAUGCAGUGCCUUAGACCACUGCGCCACUCAGGAGACUGUGGCAAGUGACACUUUGCUUCUUGAAAAUCCUAAAUCUUGAAAACUUGACUGCUGACAUGCAAAACAUUCUGGGACUAUACCAACAGUGGACUAAUAUUUUUUUUUACAACACAUUUUUUUUUGAGUGGAUUUGUCCUUUUAUUACCCCUUCUCUCCUCCUAACUCUCUCUCUCUCUUUCUCCCCCUGCAGCAAUACUUCACUCUGCUGAUCAUCACAGAUGGGGUGAUCAGUGACAUGGAUGAGACCCGCCACGCCAUCGUUCAGGCAGCCAAACUCCCCAUGUCAAUCAUCAUUAUUGGAGUGGGCAAUGCAGACUUUGUUGCCAUGGAGUUCCUGGAUGGGGACAGCAGCGUGUUACGCUCUUACACAGGAGAGGAGGCAGUCAGAGACAUCGUGCAGUUUGUUCCCUUCAGGGACUUCCGAAAUGUGAGUGUCUCUCAUGUUUAAUAGGGUGAAACAAAAGGAUUGCAUAAAUUCCCACAUUCUGAUUGUACCCACAGUGUAGCUGUUGCUUCAACACAUGGUAGUAAAAAGUGUCUCUUAUCUGUCCAUUGUGUCCGCAUUGUGACCAGUUCUCCUGGUCCCUCCCUGUAUGAAAAGUAUUUGACAGAUAUUCUUUCAAAAUAAUAUUUAUUUUAAGACACAUAUUGAUGCCGUAAGUCAAUGGCAUAACCUGUCAAUGAUUUUAAAGGGUGGGAUAAUUAUGAUUGAAAUGGUUCAACUGUCCAGAUCUGUCUACACUUGUAAGCUAUCCAGACAUUUGCGUGUCUGACUACCACCGGAGGUUGUCAGGAAGAUCUGAUCACAAUCAGAUCACAAUGCGUCUUUUAAUUGUCUACACCUGUCUAAAAAUGUGGCCACAAUCAGAAUGUGGACAAGAUCAGGAAAAAAGGACUCAUGUUAAAACCAGGUAUAAACGGGGCUUCAGACAACCUGUUGCACUAUAUCAACAGGUUUCACAUGACAGGUUGUUGUUGCUAGACAAAUUAGAGAUGAUGCGUGCUGUAAUGGAUUUACUUAAAUCACGUGUGUAAACAGCAUUGGGUGUGGGAGCGGGCAAUCUGUAGCUUCAGUCCAUCUGCAGGAAAUGAAAAAAAUAAUUAUACAGAGUAUAUGGAGUGAUCCAGUAAAAGGUUUACUUCCCAAACCUUUUCCUGGAUGAAAGUUGAUUCUAAUGCAUUAUUAUUUUAAAAAUCACUGACAUUUAGAGAUCUCUAAUGUGACUUUUAUUUUCCUGUCAUGUUCUCACAGGCUCCGAAGGAAACUUUAGCCAAAUCAGUAUUGGCUGAGCUGCCGCAACAGGUCACACAGUAUUUCAAACAGAGGAACCUGUCGCCUAGCAACACAGCACUGGAGUGA